CAUGACCCUUCAUUCAUUCACAGAAACAAAAGGGCAAAUUAAGAAGACAAGAUUUCCCAAUUCUCUGCAGAGACAAAGAAGAAGAAGCAGAAGAAGAAGAAAUCAAAAAUGGAUUGAAUGAAAAAAAAGCCCUCAGAAAAUAUUUAAAUCCAUGUUCCCCCUCUCUCUCUCUCUCUAGUUCUUCUUCUUCUUCUCUCUCUAAAACCGUAGCUAGUUAGGUCGCAGAUCGAUCGAUCGAGAAUUGAAAAGCUAAAAAUCGAAAGUGCAGUGCGGUGUAAUGAGCCCUGAGGAGUCGCUGAGAUCUCUGUCGUUGGAUUAUCUGAAUCUGCUGAUCAACGGUCAGGCUUUCAGCGAUGUAACCUUCAGUGUGGAGGGUCGACUGGUCCAUGCCCACAGGUGUAUUUUGGCGGCCCGGAGCCUGUUCUUCAGGAAAUUCUUCUGCGGGCCCGACGCGGCGGCGGCGGGGUCGGGCUCGGGUCGGGGGCCCGCGGCGCAGGUGAUACCGGUGAAUUCGGUGGGCUAUGAGGUGUUCUUGUUGAUGCUGCAGUUUCUGUACAGUGGUCAGGUCUCAAUUGUGCCGCAGAAGCACGAGCCUCGCCCGAAUUGUGGAGAGAGAGGGUGCUGGCACACGCAUUGCACCUCCGCCGUAGAUCUCGCGCUCGACACGCUCUCAGCCGCUAGAUCGUUUGGUGUGGAACAGCUCGCUUUGCUCACUCAGAAACAGUUGGCGUCCAUGGUGGAGAAAGCUUCGAUUGAGGAUGUAAUGAAAGUCCUGAUUGCUUCCAGCAAGCAAGACAUGCACCAGCUAUGGACCACCUGCUCCCACCACGUCGCUAAAUCGGGCCUCCCGCCGGAGGUUUUAGCCAAGCAUCUUCCAAUCGACGUCGUCGCCAAAAUCGAGGAGCUCCGCCUCAAAUCCUCCCUGUCGCGCCGCACCUCCCUAAUUCCCCCGCACCACCACCACCACCACCACCACGACAUCUCCGCCGCCGCCGAUCUCGAGGACCAGAAAAUCCGGCGGAUGCGCCGCGCCCUCGAUUCCUCCGACGUCGAGCUCGUCAAGCUCAUGGUAAUGGGGGAAGGCCUCAACCUCGACCAGGCCCUGGCGCUGCAUUACGCCGUCGAGAGCUGCAGCCGGGAAGUCGUCAAGGCGCUGCUCGAGCUCGGCGCGGCGGACGUCAACUUCCCGGCCGGACCCGCCGGGAAGACGCCGCUGCACAUCGCCGCCGAGAUGGUCUCCCCGGACAUGGUCGCCGUCCUCCUCGACCACCACGCCGACCCCAACGUCCGUACAGUCGACGGCGUCACGCCGCUCGACAUUCUCCGAACCCUAACCUCCGAUUUCCUCUUCAAAGGCGCCGUCCCCGGUCUGAUCCACAUCGAGCCGAAUAAGCUCCGCCUGUGCCUCGAGCUCGUUCAGUCGGCGGCGAUGGUGAUUUCCCGGGAGGAGGGGAACGCCACUGCGGCGGCGACCUCCACCGCCAUUUUCCCUCCAAUUGAUCAUCAGGAUCAUCCCGGCGGCGGCGAGAUUGGUGGAAGCCUUAACCUAGAUUCGAGAAUGGUUUAUCUAAACCUAGGAGCACAAAUUGGGGCUAAAUUGGGGGACGGCGGAGAAGAGAGCAGCAGCAGCCAUGGCAGCCAAAGAGAAGCUCUCAAUCGACACCACUCUCAUUAUGAUCAUCAGUAUUAACUCAACCACUCCAAUCUCUCUCUCUCUCUCUCUCUCUCUCUCUCUCUAUAUAUAUAUAUAUAAGUUAAUUAAAUUUAUUUCCAUGAACUUAUGACCGUCGAUGUUCAAAACCUCAUGGAGAUCAGAUAAUAUUAGUUACCUGAUUAGCUAAUUAAUUAAUUUACCUUUACUAUGACAGUAGAAAUUUUAACUAAUUGUCUUUGGCUUUUUAUAUAUAUAAAUAUAUGGAGAUGUGAAUGACGACUUUAGCUAUAACUGAUAAGAACUGCAGCGAGAAGUACCUGAGAGAAGGGACUGAACAAGAGCAGUGUCCGAGUUUGUUGCUGCAGCUAGCUGUGAUGGGAAGACACCAUAUGUAGGUUAUUCUUCUUAAACCCUCCAUUAAUUAUUACCAUUAUUUUAAAAUUUUAAUACAAAUCUUUUUUUUUAACAACCCUUCAACCCCAAUUUUUUUUUUACAUAUAUUCUUCCUGUCGAUGUUACUAUAUAGUUUCAACAGAUUGGAAAUUUUGGAUUCUUGUGGUGGUGGGGUAGAAAUACAUACAUAUAUAUAUAUAUGUGUGUGUGUUUGUGUCUACAUGGGAUUACUUAUUGUUCUUCUUCUUCGAUGCUAUAUAAGAAUACUGUGUAACCUAACAAACA